GUUGUGCACCAACUGCUGUCAACUUCAUAUAAAAAAAACGCUUUGACAGCACUUGGUGCACUACCGGUGCACCACCAGAAUGAAAACGAAUAUGGCAUUAAUUUUAGGCACUAUUCUGCGAGUGUGUAUUUCAAUGGUUGGCGCGAAAAGUUGAAAACAAAAUUAGGGUUCACGCAGUACCAAGAACUGUUGACUCGAAAAACUUUAAAAUAUCAACGAAACACGAUUCCAGUUUAAAUAUUUUGUGUUUUUGAUAGUUCUCAAGAUGCCCUUCAAACGUUCUGCCAUGAGAUAUGGCCACAUCGUGGGUUACACCAGUGUAGCUUACCAGGACGAUGGCGAACGAAUUCUCAGCAUCGGUCACGAUGGGGACAUCCGCAUCUGGGAUGGCGUUUUUGACGAUGAUCCUGUGACGACGUGCGUGGCCGAAAACGUGUGGGCCGUGCUGCAGUACGGUGAUCGGGUGCUGAUCGCUAAUGAUUUGAACACGGUUCAGGCGUACAAGUUUCCCGAUCUGGACAAAGACGGUAUUGAGUUCCGUUUCACGGCUUAUGCCACAUGUUUGGGGCGCAAUGCGAAAUUUCUGGCUGCUGGUUCCGAGGAUGGUACCGUUAAGGUGAAACCUUUGGCAGAGGGAGGGGAAGAAUUUGAAUUUGGGAACUUGGGUGGUCCCGUUUUGAGUUUGGGAAUCAGCGAGAAGGAUUUGUUGGCUGCUAGCUGUGGUGAUGGAAAGCUAAGGGUGUGGAAUCUGAACUCUAAAGAGGAGAUCAAAAGCAUAGACGGACUCAGGAAAGUCAAAAGUUUCGAAGGAAAUGUUUAUAUCGGAUCACCAAGUUUUGAACCAGUACGAGGAAAUUUGCUCGCUUACCCAAAAGGACGUGAAAUUAUCGUCCUGAAUACUACAACAUGGGAACAGGUAAAAGUUCUGAACCAUGCUAAAAUUUCUUCUGAUUUCACGUGCUGUGCAUUUUCACCAAGGGGUGAUUUCGUGGCCGCUGGAACAGAUAAAGGAGAAGUUACUGUGUGGGACUACAAGCUGGGAAAAAUUAUCGAGGGUGAGGUGGCUUCUAUGGAUCCGUACCCGGUCACGGGGUUGGCCUGGCAUCCGAAGAACAAUGGGGAGUUGGUAAUUUGCGACGAUCAGGGUCAGUUGGGUAAUGUAAAUGACAUCUUCGACGAUGCUGGCGAUGGCAACGAUGACGAAGGGAACGAUCUGAUGGAGAUGGCUGAAAAGGAAGCGAAUGGAAUCGAUGAUCCUGAUGAUGAUAUGGACAUUAAUGAUAUCUACUCCAAGCACGUUGCUGGUGAAAAGCUGCUUGCCGAUGAUGACGAAUCUGAUGACGAGAACACAUUUUCGGUGGGCAAACUCAAAAGUCAAUAUGCAAUCACCGAAGGAGACGAUGAACGGGGCGCUGAUGAUCGUGCGAGUAGCAAAGCAGAUCACCCGCAGGGUGGUGACGAUCGAGCCCACUCGGUGAUGAGUGAUCGCUAUCAAGUCAAAUCCUAUCCGAUGCAGGAUUAUUUCCAGCCCAGCUCGACGCCUGAUCAUCUGGAGCAUCGUUUCCUGGUGUACAACCACGUGGGAAUCGUUCGAGCCCAUUCGGACGAUAAAGAGAACUCAAUCGAAGUGGAGUUCCACGAUUCUCAGAAACACCACGGAAUCCAUUUAAACAAUUAUAUGAACCACACGAUGGCCGGUCUCAGCGAAUCGGUCCUCGCUAUGGCCUGUACUUCCGGUGUUGAAGGAAAGGGUAGCAAACUGGUCUGCAUCAAUUUGGUUGCUUUCGGUAAUCGUGAAUGGAGCUGCACCAUGCCCGGAACUGAAGAAAUCAUCGGGGUCGUGGCUUCUGACAAGAUUGUUGUAGUUGCCACCGAUAGUAGAAUGUUACGUGUAUUCACAUCUCGAGGAACCCAAAGAGAAGUACUCACCAUUCCCGGCGCCUUAGUCUCCAUGGCAGCGUAUGGAGAUCACGUUCUGGUAGCCUAUCACCAUUCACCGGCCAGUGAAGAUCAACACCUCAAUUUGAUGAUCAUCACCUGUGUCAAAUUUAAAUUACGCUGUCGAGAAGUGCCCAUCCCUCUAUCGGCUGGUUCCGAACUGCGUUGGUUGGGCUACUCGGACAAAGGUUCCCCAGUAACCUACGAUUCAGAGGGAAUAAUGCGAUUGUAUCACGCCGGUUCGAAUCUUUGGUUCCCGGUUUUGGACGCCGAAAACCAUCGGGCAGGUGCGUCCGAUAGUUUGUUCAUCGUGAAAGUUUCGGAAUCCAUCCAGCAGGCUCAGUUGAUUGUGUGCCGCGGUGCCAAGUAUCCGAUGACCAAUCCUAGACCGAUACCGAUGUGUGUCGAUCUUCAGGUGCCCAUGUGCGAGGUGGAUGUCGAGAAGGGAAGCCUGGAAGACACACUGGUGCGCAGUAUUUAUCUGCGUAGUGAUGAAGCCGACAAAAUACUCAAGGAAACUGCUGUUAAAUUGUUUGCGCUUGCCUGCCGGUCCGAGAUGGAACAAAGGGCGAAGGAACUGAUCGAGACAAUCGGAUCGAGUCAGCUCAUACCGAUUGUCAUCAAGUAUGCCAGCAAGAUCAAUCGGUUCCACUUGGCUGACAGCUUGGCGCCGUUGAUGCCGACCUUCCAGGAACAGGAAAAGGAGGAGGAGAAGCAUGAAAUCGAAACGGCCCGGGAAAACGCUGCCAUGGUCAGCGAACUGGAGCACAUCAAUCUGGAGGCCGUGACCAAGAAAGAUAAUACACCGAAAAUUCGACCGUUGCCCAUGGGGAAGAAAAAUCCAUUCAAGCGCACCGGUGACAGUGCGUCAAAAUCUACGCCCAGUUCUGGGAAUCCCUUGGGCCAUUUAACGGGCAAGGCCAUCGGCUUCAGCUCGCCCAGCACCGGUACCGUUGCCAGGGAUGAUUCGAUCAAUAUGAGCGGGUUGUCCGAGAUAGGCUCGGAUGAACCAUCCUCGCUGAUCGAAAACAAUGAAAAUCGACCGAAAAAUAGCAAUACCAGUAGCGGUGUGACCUUCAUCGUUUGGUUCGAGAGCAAUAAGGAUCAACUGAAGCAGGACAAUCCGGACGCCACCGAAUCGGAACUUAUCAAAAUUGGCAUGCGACAAUACAAGACUCUCAACAACGGUGUUUCGACUCCACGAAGUUCGGCCACCUCCCAGAAUGGAACGGCAGAAAAACGAAAGCUAGACGAAAGUGAAAAGAAAGAAACCGGAGUCGCAAAACUGGCCAAGUUCGGGUUCGUAAAAAACUGACUUCUGAUUUUAUUCUCCUAUAGAUUGUAUGUUUUUUAAUGUAAGUUCAUCAGUGUUAAUGUAAAAACUGUUCACAAUUAAUAAAACACGAACGAUUCAGGCUGGA